AUGCCGCCGCCCAAUCCAAGAGUUGCCAAAGCCUUUCAUGCUAUGAGGGAUCUCGGCAUUUCAGAAGAAAAAGUGAAACCGGUGUUGAAAAAACUUCUUAAAUUGUAUGAUAAGAAUUGGGAACUGAUCGAAGAAGAAAAUUAUAGAGCUCUUGCUGACAAUAUAUUUGAGACUGAAGAAGCAGAGGUGGAGGAACAUAAGAAAAAAUUGGACAAUAUUGAGCGAGAAAAAAAAGAUUUGGAGGAUGAAACUCAGGUGCAUGAUGAGAUUGAACGCCCUUUAAAAAGGUUGCGGUUAAGGCACCAAGAAGGACAAGCUUCACCUUCUCUGAGUAACUCUGGCCCCGGCUUUGAUGGAACUGCAAUAAAGAAACCUAAAGUGGAAGAUAAUGACCUACCUGAAAGUCGUCCCAAAGAUCAGUUACCAAAUAUAACUGAAUCACCUCAGCUUAAUACAGGAAAUGUGAGGAUUGAAUCUCAACCCGUGUCGCCCCAGCCACUUGGCAGGAACAAAGGAAAGCAACCUGUUUCGCCCAAGUCUUUGUCUGUGCAAGAAGGAUCUGAUUCACCACUGAUAGGUGCUGCUGACAGAACUCAGGCAGCUGUCAUGAAGAGAAUUGAUUCUAAUCCAAUCUCUUCUCCGAUGCGUCUCAGAGACAGGGGAAAGGGACCUCUCUCACCUCAAAUUAAUUCCAGGGAGAAGAGGCCAAUUGCUGAUAAGUCAUCCCAUGCAGUGGUCUUUAAAGAGCCAAAGGUUGAGCCUGUUGUUCGUUUACCUAGACAGAAGAUGCCUCAAACUCAUGCUUUGAUCAAGCCUAAAGAGGAGCCAUCUACAGAUGACGUGCCACAGUUUGAGCGAGAAAAAAAAGAUUUGGAGGAUGAAACUCAGGUGCAUGAUGAGAUUGAACGCCCUUUAAAAAGGUUGCGGUUAAGGCACCAAGAAGGACAAGCUUCACCUUCUCUGAGUAACUCUGGCCCCGGCUUUGAUGGAACUGCAAUAAAGAAACCUAAAGUGGAAGAUAAUGACCUACCUGAAAGUCGUCCCAAAGAUCAGUUACCAAAUAUAACUGAAUCACCUCAGCUUAAUACAGGAAAUGUGAGGAUUGAAUCUCAACCCGUGUCGCCCCAGCCACUUGGCAGGAACAAAGGAAAGCAACCUGUUUCGCCCAAGUCUUUGUCUGUGCAAGAAGGAUCUGAUUCACCACUGAUAGGUGCUGCUGACAGAACUCAGGCAGCUGUCAUGAAGAGAAUUGAUUCUAAUCCAAUCUCUUCUCCGAUGCGUCUCAGAGACAGGGGAAAGGGACCUCUCUCACCUCAAAUUAAUUCCAGGGAGAAGAGGCCAAUUGCUGAUAAGUCAUCCCAUGCAGUGGUCUUUAAAGAGCCAAAGGUUGAGCCUGUUGUUCGUUUACCUAGACAGAAGAUGCCUCAAACUCAUGCUUUGAUCAAGCCUAAAGAGGAGCCAUCUACAGAUGACGUGCCACAGUUUGAGGUUCCUCUUGCAGUGAUCCAUCCGGAGUCAUUAAAUGAAGGAGAUUCUUCAUUAGAGAAUGGUCCACUCAGAGAACAACGUGAUCCAGCACCUCUAGCUUCUUUAAUUGAAAACGGGGAAGAUAGAACUGAUGGUGUGCUGGCAUCAUCAAAUGAAACAAGAUCCAAUUGUGAGCUUGCAACAAUCCUUGAUGAAUCCUCCGCAAGCUUAGAAAUUUCUUCUUCACCCGUUGGAGAAGUGAAAAUCUCUCUGAUUCGUACUUCUGCUGCUGGAAGACCUGACUUCCGUAUGCCGAGCUUAGAUGCAGUUCUGAAAUUGAUGGAGGACAAAUGCCUGAGACCAUACAAAGUCCUCGACCCAAAUUUUUCUGUAACAAAAAUAAUGGAGGAUAUGUGUGUGUGCACUUGGGAACUAGGGACUGUCUCCAGUAAUGAAUCGCAAGAAACAGUGAUUGAGACACCAACUAUGGAUUUGAUGAAAAAAUCUGGUGCAGCAGAUGCUUUUGGUGCUGGAGGCAUGCCAUCUAACCUGUCAAAUGGGCCAGUCAAUAUUCCAUGUAACGCUAAGAGGGCUUUGCCUCAAAUUCCUAGGCUUCCUCCUCCUUGCAAUGGUCUGGAUGACCACAUACAACCUGAUAAGCGUAUUAGUAGCAAUGAUGGUGUAUCUGAGUACGAAAAGGAUCAUGAAGACCUGGUUCAUAUGAAUUCCCAGAGUGUGGUGGUGGUUCAGAAACUUCAGCUUACUCCUAAUGAUAGAAGGGCUCUCCAUGAUGCUAAUGAUAUUGCCAAAGGACAAGAAAGAAUUUCAAUCUCAUUGGCUAAUGAAGUCAACAGUGAGUGUCCACCAUCCUUUCACUACAUUCCCCAAAAUGUAGUUUUUCAAAAUGCUUAUGUGAAUUUCGCUCUGGCGCGUAUUGGAGAUAAUAAUUGUUGUUCUACUUGUUUUGGUGAUUGUCUCUCAUCAUCCACACUGUGUGCAUGUGCACAUGAGACGGGGGGUGAUUUUGUAUACACAACGGAAGGCCUUGUCAAGGAGGAAUUUCUAGAUGAGUGUAUUUCUAUGAAUCGUGAUCCUCAAAAGCACUGCCUCUAUUAUUGUAAGGAAUGUCCACUGGAAAGAUCAAAAAAUGAGGAUAUUUUAGAACCAUGCAAAGGGCAUUUAGUGAGGAGGUUCAUCAAAGAAUGUUGGUGGAAAUGUGGCUGCAAUAAACAAUGUGGCAAUCGAGUUGUACAGCGGGGCAUAAAUUGCAAAUUGCAGGUGUUCAUGACACCUGGAGGAAAGGGUUGGGGUCUUCGUACUCUAGAGGAGCUACCAAAAGGGGCAUUUGUCUGUGAAUAUGUUGGAGAAGUGUUGACCAAUUCAGAGCUGUAUGAUCGAGUUUCACGAAGCCCCAGUAGUGAGGCACACUCGUAUCCUGUAUUGCUUGAUGCUGAUUGGUGUUCAGAAGGAGUCUUAAAAGACGAAGAAGCUCUCUGUUUGGAUGCAACAUAUUAUGGGAAUGUUGCAAGGUUCAUUAAUCACAGAUGCUUUGAUUCAAACUUGGUUGAGAUCCCUGUAGAGGUGGAGACCCCUGAUCACCACUAUUAUCACCUUGCUUUCUUCACUACAAGAAAGGUAGAAGCCUUGGAGGAGCUCACUUGGGACUAUGGUAUUGACUUUGAUGAUCAUGAUCACCCUGUCAAGGCAUUUCGCUGCCAGUGUGGCAGCAAGUUCUGCAGGAACAUUAAACGUUCAAGCAGGUCUAGAUCUAGGAGAUGAACAUCUGGGGUUUCGCUAACUAUUGAGGUAUUUGAACGUCAUGGCCUCCCCCCUCAGGAAGGAAAAGCAUCGAUGACACCAGUUUUCCUGGACUGGCUUUGCUCCCCCAGGCUGACACUGGAAUUGACUCAGUUUUGGGUUAUUGUUGAAGAAUAAGAAGCUUUCUGUAUGUUGUUGUACAAGCUAAUGCCAUGUAUGUUCCAUAAAUGCCAAAUCAUUUGGGUUUGAGUUACAGAUGCUGCUACCAGCCACAUUGCAGGUUCCUGUAAGCAAAACCUUUUUGUUAUUUAGCAAUGUUUUCCUG